AGCUAAAAAAUGUUCUCAGCGUAGUACUGGAAAAAGCACGAUUCACUGCGCACGAUAGGAAACAUGUUGCUGACCUUCUUAAUUCUUACUGCUGGUAUUGGGCUCGGUUCGUCAUCUGAAAACUCGACAGCAGCUUGCAACCUCACCACAUUUCCAGAUGAUUUCAAAUUUGGAGCCGGUUCUUCGGCUUACCAGGUGGAAGGCGGCUAUUUAGAUGAUGGAAAAGGCCGAAGCUGGUGGGAUUGGUUUGCCAACACUUACCUAUCGGAAAAUGGAAAUGUUGCAUGCGAUUCCUAUCACAAGUAUCAGGAAGAUGUGGAUGCUUUAGCGGAAAUUGGAGUUACACAUUAUAGAUUUUCGAUUUCGUGGACCAGGAUACUGCCAAAAGGAUUCACAAAUGAUAUCAAUCAAGCUGGAGUGGACUACUACAAUAAUCUAAUCGACGCCCUAGUGGAAGUUGGAAUCGAGCCCUUGGUGACUCUUUUCCACUGGGAUACACCAUACGUUUUCAGUUAUCUUGGCGACUGGACGAAUCCAAAAAUAGUAGAGUACUUUGUCAACUACGCAGAUUUGGCUUUUGAACUGUUUGGCGACCGGGUGAAGCUUUGGGGCACAAUCAAUGAACCUUUAUCAAUUUGCCAGGAAAUUCCCGAACUGAUUAGAGAUGCGCUUUUUCCAGAACUACCUAGCGGUGUGUUUGAGUACCUUUGUGGCCAUCAUGUGCUACUCGCUCACGCUAAAACGUAUCGAUUGUACCAACGCAAGUAUAAGAAAACCCAGCAAGGCAAAAUGGGAAUGGUGAUAAGUGCCUCUCCAAAGCUACCUGCCUCCAAUUCCAGUGAGGAUGCUGAGGCAGUUGAGAGAGCAUAUUUAUUCGAUCUGGGCUGGUUUGCGAACCCCAUAGUAUUUGGCGACUAUCCUGAGGAAAUGAAGCAAAUUGUUGCUAACAGAAGCAAAGCGCAAAACUUUUCCUCGUCCAGGUUGCCGAGCUUUUCUUUUCAUGAACGCACUCUAUUACGGGGAUCUUUUGACUUGUUUUAUCUCAACAAUUACAGCUUUGAUAACGUAACACUGGCAGAGCCCAGUGAUGAAUUAACAUGGGAGAAUGAUAGGCAGGUCACAUAUGUCGAAAACACCGUUCUUCCUGUGACUAAUGUUGGUUUUGUGAGGAAGAUUCUAAAACACAUCAAGGAUAAUUACAACGAUCCGGAAAUUAUCAUAACGGAAAACGGAUAUUCCAACAAAGGCAAUUUGACCGAUCAAGACAGAAUUCGUUUCAUACAGGGACAACUGCAGCAGGUGCGCGUUUCUAUGUGCCUGGAUGAUGUCAACGUUUCUGGAUACAUGUACUGGAGUUUACUGGACUCAUUCGAGUGGAACAGUUACUACACGUCCAAGUUUGGAUUGGUCGAGGUGGACUUUGACAGCACAAACUUGACCAGGACUCUAAAGGAUUCAGCAUAUUAUUACAAGAAUCUUAUUGAAACAAGAUCAAUCCAUUAAGAAGGCAUAUUAGAGCAAUCGAAGUUUU